AAAAACCCAGAUUCCGGAAGGGAAGAAAACAUUACAACAAUGCUUUGAGAAUCCCCGUUUUCGCUUCGAGUUUAUGUUGUUGCUUGCAGCAGAAAGCUGAAAUGUUUCUUCAUAAACACGAAGUUUCAGUCCCAGUUUUCAGACCAGACCCGGAAUCAUUGUCAUCUCGAGCAUACAUGAAGCCCUUGCCCGAAGGAUUGUGGACAACCGGUAUUUGCGAGUGUUACGGAGAUGUUUAUAAUUGUUUGUUUACCGGUAUAUGUCCUUGCAUCACUAUGGGACAAAAUUCCGAGGUUAUCAAUAGAGGAGAAAUAGCCUGCAGAUCGGCCAGCCUCCUCCACGUUGCCUCAGGGGUCGUGCUAUUUGGAUGGAUAUUGGGGUCGAAAAACCGGACGAAGCUGAGGCAACACUUCUCGUUGCCGGAGUCACCGUUUCCGGAUUGGGCCACUCACGUUUUGUGCAUGUGGUGCGCUCUUUGUCAAGAACACCGAGAACUACGAACUCGUGGAGCCGACCCUUCCUUAGGUUGGGAGGGCAAUUUAGCUAAGUGGAUGAAAGAUGGAGCGACUCCUCCGAUUGUGGUACCAGGCAUGAUAAAAUGA